UCCUUCUUCUUCUUCAAUGUCGCAGUCGUCUUUGACUUUGAAACAUGGCUGCCGCUGUAAACACAGAGGCAGUAUAGUCUGAAAGUGCGCUAUGUGAACAUUUCGGGCUUCAUUAUCCCAUAUUUUCCCAGAGGACUGCGGUUUAUAGAUUUGAGCGGACAUGUCAGAUAAGGAGGCCGGUAAAGGGAACGAGGGUUCCGGGGAGAAAGGCUACAGGACUCCCGGGCUGAGAGGCGCACAGACCACCACACUGUUCCGAGCUGUCAACCCUGAACUCUUCAUCAAGCCUAAUAAACCAUUGAUGGCGUUUGGACUGGUCACCAUCACCUUGUGCGUGGGUUACCUGGGCUACAUGCAUGCGAUGAAAGAAAACGACCAGCAGCUUUACGAGGCCGUCGACAGCGAAGGAGAGAGAUACAUGAGGAGGAAGACUUCCAAAUGGGACUGAUGGCAGAACGUUCUGUUAAUGAGUGUGUGUGUGUGUGUGUGUGUGAAGAUAAGAGUGAAUUAAAACAAGGACACAUGUUAA